AUGACUCUGACAUGGUGUGGCGUUCGUGGUCAUAUAAAAUCAGCUGCAUGCCCGGCGUACCUUGAUGCUAGAAAAGAACGUCGAUGACCUGAUUCAAUCGAAUAGUUAUACUGGACUGAAGAUGUUAGCUUCGAUAAUCACGCCGACGAUUGGGGCUACUUCCACGUACCCUACGCCAGAAUCAUCGACGGUGACCCAUUUUGGUAGGGCAUUUUUCAUGACGAGUCCAUCGGGACCAUGCAUGAAACGUUUAAAUGCUCUCUACAUAUACAUCCAGGCAAUCGGCAAACAGCCAUUGAUCUGCCACAAGGACGCACACUUUCAUACAGAGUACGAAGAUUGUAUCAAUUGCUUACAUGUCACCGUGGAGGAUUCAGCAACGUACAUAUCUCAACGCGUCGAGCCGAAAUUCAAGGAAUAUCUAGACUACUGCAACGGUAAACCUUCGGACUGGACGUAUGCGCCUUCACAGUUAACUGUCGUCACCCGCGCGCACUGGGGACCCCUUACGGAUUUUUAUGGCGACCUAGUGGCGGGAGGUCUCCAGACGAUCACGGCGACGGAGCUCAAACCGACGGACAGCAGUGAGACAGGCGGCGGCUGGCCGUCGUCGUCUUCGACAGAAACUGGGAAGAUACCCGGGACGGGAGACUCAGGACCGAUACCAGGCAACUCGGCAUGGAUAGCAGGGCCGGUCAUUGGCGUGAUCACGGCUAUUAUGCUCUUGCUCGGCGCGCUCUGGUUCCUCAGACGACGAAGGCAUCGAUUGAUUGACAAAGAAGAAUCCAUGGCUACCGGUAUUGCCAUUGGUACUCGUAGCGGUGGCUACGGCCAGGGGGAAUAUGAAAAGCCGCAACUGCAUUCGGAUUGUAUCCCGCGUCGAAUGGAGCUCGAAGGAUCGUACCCAAAUUCACCUAUGAGCCCUAUGUCUGAGAUGACUGCAAACGAAGUCGCGGCUCAGGAGCUUUCAGUGCCGGGUAGUCAGCAUGUUGAAGGGGUCACGGAGAAGAAUAGCUCUGCCAGGCCAGAGAGCCCAGUUCUUGGAUGAAGUAGGGGGUUGUUCUCACUGAAUUCCCAUUGCUGAUGAGAUUUAAUGCAUUAGUGACUGUCGCACUUUUCGAGAUAUCAAAAUAACAG